CUCACAGACACACAGGGUUAGCAUCACACUAUAGCACUGGAUGUUUUGUGCAUGUUCUCGACUCUACGUCGAAUGAUAAAAGGGAAAGCGUGUGCUCUUCAUGUGCUCUUCAUGUUGUGGGAUUGCUGCUGCUGGUGCUGUGGGACGAUCAAACGCCCCUGCAAGCUGUCGGGCAACACCAGGCUCAAUAACACUCGGGUCGUUCUUCAGAACCUGUUGAUAUGUACGGUGUGUUUCUACUCGCUGUACUACAUCGCUGUCAGCUUGUGCAUCGGCAUCCUGAAGGUCGACGAGGUGGACGGCUUAUUAGCGCCUUUCAACUACAAAAUACAGCCUUCAUGGGCCAGCCCGGAAUAUUUAGUGAGCGUGAUCUCAACGGAAGUGACGUACAUCAUAGGAGGACUCGUAUUCGCCUGGAUCGUGGAGGAGUGUGUCUGGGACUACGCCAUCACCAUCACACUUUUACACAUCGGCCUUACGGUCGCUGUCAUGGCUGAUUUCCCCUCUACAGAACACUGGUGGAUCACUCUUGGUGCAGGUUUAGUCAUGAUGAUCUUCAGUGGUCAGUUCUUGGCGUAUCAUCUUUUCCGGAAUAAUUUUGUGCAUCCUGAAGAUCUCCAAAAUUUCUGA